AUGAGGUAACAUGGUUUGUUUCUUUAGCAAAUUGUUAGCGUAUCUAUACCCUUAUUUAUAUUGUUGUUUUUAAAAACGUUCCUUUAAUUAAUAAUCAUGGGUCCUAAAUCUUAAUCCAUACGGCAUACAUCAUACAUGUCAGUUGGCGUUGUAUACGGUUUUAUAAAGCAUUCCUUUUCUCAUCGGCAACAUUUAGUUCUGCGAUAUAAUCUUGAAUUAACUGUCUGUGCCAGUGUAGGCAUAGUGCCAAUAAUAUUAACAAGCUUUCGUCAUGCAGUAGGGGUGCAACUACCUGAAAAAUAUAAGGAGAAUUUCGACGUUUCAAGCGAAGGUGCUUCGUAUGGAGUUACACUUACAGACGAAGGGCCUCCAGUAACUCCAGACGAACUGACGAAGGGCCCUUAUAUUCUCCAGGUAGUUAACAUUUAGUUCUAUUUUGUCGAGUGAGAAUUACUGUGAGAUAUCCUGAUAUUUACCCAUAAACCUUUCUUUGGCAUCACCUUACAUGAACUUGCGGUUGAGCUCGACAACUGGACUUUGUAUGGUUCAAUUCUAUUAGGCAGCAUCAAUUCUAUUAAGCACGUAAUCACAUGGGCACAGGUUUGAUUCCUACUAGGCCUAUAAAGGGGGUGGGCUAUAUUCAGUUGCAUUCUUCGAUGCUGCAUGCUAUUUUUAACAUCAAAACGUUGCAACUUUGGAUCGUUAAAUUUAGCACUAUUUUUGCAUUAUUGUAUAAAUAUAUUCCUGAUCCCUAUACUAUAUAUUGUAAAUAUUUAUAAUAUUCUACUCAAUGAUGGGCACUAGAUUAUUAGUGUUCGCACUUUUAUGUUUUAAAUUAACCUCUUAAUUAAAAUGAAGUUUCUAUCUAUCUACCUAUUUACUGCAAAGACCCUACAAUAAUCAGAAAGUUGCGCACAGAAAGAAUCGAAUCUGCUAUACCAUAUGCCGACGCAUGAAAGAAAUACUGUUGUGACACCAGCUCGCAUGUAGGUCAAAUGUAUUAAUUAAUGGCAAUUUUGUUCAUCCACGAAACUUAAAAUAUUUACACAUUUUUCCUUUGAUAUGUCAUCAUUUUGAAGAGGUUGCUUACACAAGGCUAAAUUAUAUUUUGCGAAAACCACAGGUAUACGAUUACAAAAAGAAAAAAAAACAUUCGGCAUUAACCGCCUUGGGUGUUUUUCACACCCAAUCGCAAAUAAGUAGGUGUUAACGCUCUACACAUGGGAGUUUUCACCUGCACUGUGAGAAAAAUCAGCCCCAAGACGAAAUCUUUCUCAAAAAUUAAUUUUCGAAUUGAUUGAUGUCUAUAGUUUAAAUAUUGUAUUAUCAUAUUGAAAUAUCGCAUUUAUCUUAUAAACUAAUAAUCCACCUUUCGGACUAUCAAAUAACAGGGACUCGUGGAGACAAAGAAAGUCUGACGAUACUAUAAUUAAAAAUAUAGCGCGAGUAACAUAUUGCGUUGUUCAACUAUAUCAUAGGAAAUGCGAUGGGUAGCCAUGUUAUCCAAUAGUUCUGGCUAAAAAAAUGUUCAAAAACAUGUCUGUGAGGAACAUUGCAACUGUGGUUUAAAAUUUGGUGUUCCCAUUGAGGCGUUGCCUCACUUGCAUUCUGGCUCGGACAUUAAAGAGGGCCUCAUCCCAAUUUCCAGAUCCCGCCUUUUUUCCUAACAGUGGUUCAACGUAUACGUAUUAUGAUUUAGAUGUAGACAACGGAUAACCAGGUAUUCGAAGAACGUGAUAACAACAAUAUAGCAGAGUGUAAAAGUAAUAAAUGCCAGUCAAUCUCUUGUGAAAGCCGCAUUCAUAAAUGUACAAUAUCAUCUUAAUUAAAAACCGUAAAUUACGAGCAGGCAAACAAAUGACAACAGAUCCGAUACAGAUUAAGUUAACUUAAUACGGCUGCAAGUUUUGUUGAUUUAUCCCGCAUCCCGCUGAUCAUGGAUUACUUUCCCGUAUCUCUCCAUGGUAUUUUUAUCAAUCUCACUUCUCACGAUCGGAUAUAAAAUGCCCGCUUCUCGACCCGAUAUUUCUCUUAAAAUACCGAAUGUAUUUUGGACACAUCCCGCCACCCGCGAAACCGGUAGAGGCCCGGGUGAGGCCCCUCAUUAAAAUUUAAAAGUUCGACUUUGAACUAGCAAAACUAUAUUAGACUUGAUUUCUGGCUCAGAAUGUUUUUCGGGAUUAUCAGCCGGAUCUCUGUAAAAACUAUGUGAUUAUUUAACCUUUCAAUCCUAUUUGCUUCGCUUCACUUGUCACCUGGCCUGGGAAUACUUGCACAGCUACCUCCUGCGCAGGCCCUUUUCCGGGCAAAUUUGCGGGCGGUGCAAAUUUGCGGGCCACGUUUAGAAACGUAAAGCGAAUUUUCCGAACCUGCCCGAAAUGCUCCCUAAGCGCCUACGGAAGACGUAUAGCUUGCACAGCGCGUGACAUUGGUUCUGUUUCAAUGUAUUUUGCUCCAGUUACAAAAUUGUUUUUUGUCCGUCCAAAUUAUCACUUCACCAAAUCAGAUCCAACCGCAGGCAUAAUAUUAAAAUUAUUAAAACAGACUAACAAAAUGUGGCUCUCAGGGGCGCGUUACUUUUAAGCCUGUUUUCCACUCGGCGAAUUUGUUCGCGCGAAACUUUUGUCUUAUAACCUCUCGGCUGGAACUGAUUAGAUUUUUAAUGAAUUGUUUUCAAUUUUAACAAUAAAAAAAUUCGUUUCGCGCGAAGAAAUUCGCUGGUGGAAAACAGGCUUUAAAGUCCAGACACACCGGGCGCGAUUCGGCAAUGCGACGUGAUUUUUUAGUUUUUGAAAGUUAAUAAAACAGCCAAUGACAGCAAAUUUUGAAAGAUAUGUAGACCAAAUAAUUCAAAAUGUUAUAGCGCUUCUAAAUAUUCGGAAAAUUUAAACUAGGAUCAAAGUUAUCGGUCAGUGAAAAUCGAAAAAUCACGUCGCGUUGUCGAAUGGGCACCUUUAGAGUUGGGUUUCACAUGCGCGUGAAAUCUGAUCUAGUAUGAAUAGCCUGCGCCGAGUCAUAAGAUCGAUGUCACGAGACUGCGCGCAGGCUAUACAGCACAUAAACUCAUAAAAAGCUGUAUUAAAAAGUAUCCAAACACACAAUUUAAUCCAAAAGAAAGGGAAAACCUGGAAAGGUAGCCAUAAGUUUAUUUUUAUAAACAAUAUAUUACAGGCACCUUUCACUCAAGUAAUACAAAUUGUAGUGAAUAUGGAAGGCUUAGACGUUAAUAGUAGUUCCACGUUACUUGGUAGUCACGCGCCUGACAGUAUACCGCCAAGUGCAGAAUCUGAUACAAGGUAAGGCCAUAGAAUCAUGAACUAUAAGCAGACAUAGUACCACAGUGCGGUGUCCUAGCCUAGAGCAUGCACAAAACAAGUGCACCACAAGCGAGAAGAAUAUCAAGGCUAACAAACUAACAAAUUAACAGACUAACAAAUUAACAAACUAACAAAACUAACAAAUUAACCGAGACUAACAAACUAACAUACUAACAAACUUACAGACUAACAAACUAACAAACUAACAUACUAACAAAUUAACAGACUAAGUAACAGACUAACAAACUAAACAGACUAACAAAUUAACAAACUGAACAAUGCGCACUAAAGACCGUUUUAAUUUUUCUUUGUCUUGUGAUUUCUCGGAUGGAACUAUAGGCCUGAUUCCACGAGGCGGAAUUUUUCGACCGAAACGAAAUUUCUCUUUGUCUUUUUACAAUUAAAGGCCGGAUUCCACGAGGCGGAAUUUUUCGACCGAAACGAAAUUUCUCUUUGUCUUUUUACAAUUAGUUCUGCUCGAGAGCUCUGAAACAAAGAGAAAUUUCGAUUCGGUCGAAAAAUUUCGCCUAGUGGAAAACCGCCUUAAGGCCGGAUUCCACGAGGCGGAAUUUUUCGACCGAAACGAAAUUUCUCUUUGUCUUUUUACAAUUAGUUCUACUCGAGAGCUCUGAAACAAAGAGAAAUUUCGAUUCGGUCGAAAAAUUUCGCCUAGUGGAAAACCGCCUUAAGUUCUGCUCGAGAGCUCAUGAAACAAAGAGAAAUUUCGAUUCGGUCGAAAAAUUUCGCCUAGUUUUCCACUAGGCGGAAUUUUGCGCGCGGAGCGGAAUUUUUCUUUGUCUCGUGAUUUCUCGGGUGGAACUAAUUAGAAAAAAACAAAGAGAAAUUCCGCUCCGGGCGGAAAAUUCCGCCUAGUGGAAAACGGCCUUUAGACAAAUAUAAAGCGAUGUCUAACUUUGGGCACUGCAAUUGAUUUUAUAUUUAAAUUUAAGAUAGGAUGGGGAAAAAACUAGCAUCACAGCGCAAGUUUCGAAAGGCUGUCAUAGUCUACAAAUCUCUCAAUGGGCUUGCUCCUGAAUAUAACUCAUUCCAUGUUUACAGACCGUGACAGUGCAACCUCAAUUCAUUUAUGAGACAAAGAACAGCUUUAGUUAUAGUGGUGCGGUGCUUUGGAACAGUCUUCCUAAUGUUCUAAUCGGGCUGCGGCAGGCACAGUCUCUCAACUGAAUUCAGUUCAUUUUCAUAGAAAUCCUGAUGAGAUUACCGUGCUGAAAUAAAGUUUUAUUAUUAUUAUUACUAUUAUUAUUUGCCUGCCAGUAUGCGCGGCCAUGUUGUUUUGAUAGCUAUACGCAGUAUCGCCUUUCCCGAGCUAUACUUUAUUACUGUAAAUCAGUAAAUCACAAAUUUUUGUGUAGUUGGUCUACUCAGACGAAUUAAUGACUUGCGUGAGCAGUUUGUUUACUAUACCGCUACCAGUUGCCUUUCAGUUGCUCUGUCUGCAUCUGAUUGGUUAACCUGGAUAGAUUAAACGCAUCCAUAGGCUUACGGGAGGGGAAAAUUAGAGGGCGGGGGGGAGGGGGCAGAAACAAAAUUCGACUUUGUUGCAUUUUGCGCGACUAAUCAAAAAUAAUUUUACCCUGGUAAACUUGCAAAAUUCUUGUUAAAAAUCUCACAGCUUGUCAAAAAGAUGUGUUCACAGUUGUUCACUUGAUGACAAGCCCGGAACAAGUUGUUAUCAUCUUGUAACAAGGUUGAUGCGGCCAACAGACUCGCAACAAGUUGUUGGAACAAGUCUGAUGUCGUCUGCACGUAACAAGUUGUUAACAAGUUGAUGACAACAAGCUCGUAGCCACUUGUUACGAACAGAAGUCUGUUACCGUCAUCAACCUUGUAACAAGGUGAUAACAUCUUGUUCCAGACAUGUCACAACAACUGGGAACAAGCAGUGCGAACAGAUCCUGAUAUCGGCUUGACAACAACCUUGUUACAACUUCUUGUUACAGAACUGUAACAACUUGCGCGUUUUUACGUGUGUAGCGGUAGUCAAAUUUGAACCUCUCUCUAACAACUCGAGCCAAGCCAAAAAGGUCGACAGGUGGUGGAUUUAAACACGGCUUUAUAUGAUGAUCUCGAUGUCAAGAGGUCAUAUGGACGAUUGAUAAUAUCAUCUUAUAAUACGUAUUCAUUGUUAAUCGUGGUAUUGUAUUACUCGCGCGGGGUGUAAAGAUAACUGCGCUUACACUGUAUAAUCGAGGAGGCUAAGCUGUUAUUAAACGUUCUUCAAAUUUCUGAUAAAUCCAGUGUAAAUAUACACAACUAAAGAUGGCCGAACAGUCCGAAAUGCCUGCGUUGCUCCAAUCCUCUGCUCAAGCCACAAGGAGAAAGCAAAAGUAAGAGACAGAUUGAAUGAAUGUGCAUGUUCGUUAAUAUUCGCCAUAUAUGGGAUACAACGUAAAUAUAUUUCAUUAGGGGGAUAUGACACUAUAUAUUCACAGCAAAACUCCACUAAAGACAGAUUCGAAGCUUGCGCUGUAGUUCAUGUGUAGUCGAUCUUCGUCUUCGAUGUGAGGUUACGGAAUUGUUGGCUGAUGUAUUCGGGCGUGAAAAGUGAUAAUUAUGAGCCCAAGUUCGUUGUCAUAUACAUGUAAAUUCACUGCAUAACUUCAAGAAUGUAAUGUAAACAGCAUUUAACUUAAAUACGCAAUAUUCAAGAUUAGCUAUUAGCCUAUUUUGCUAUGAAUUUUAGUCCGCCAACUAAGUCUUAUGAUGAUGCAUAUUUCCAUAUGUUUUGGGAUAAAACUAUGCAAAAUAUUGACUUACGGAUUAAAGUCAAGUUGAUAUUUGAUAGGCUACUUGUCUUUUUCUUAGCAAUUGCUUCGUUGUUUAUAUAAACCUAUGUAUAUAUUUUUUAAGUUUAUAUAAAUAAUCUAAUACUUUAGGUCUCUACAGUUGUUCAACACAUGGUGUGAAGCUUCCCUUUUACACUGAAAGUGCAUGUACAUUUAUAGUGCAACUUUUAGUACACAGUAGGUACCCUAUACUGAACGUACCAUAUACUUCUCGCUACCUGGCCUAUAAUGCUAUGUUUCGAACUGCAUGAAACCCAUUUCCCGUGAAUUUGCCCAUACUAUUUCAAUCACAAUUAAUAUCUCAAACUUUCCGCUAUCUCGAACUAAUUUUGCUUCCUUGAGCGAAAUUUACUACCAACACUGGUGAAAUUGAACACUCCAAUGACUGAACACACUUCGUUGUUUUUUAUUAGGGGCUACGUGCACCUAUAUUUGACACUGCAUCUUUCGGUUCGAGAAACCUACAGCGCAACCGUUUAUUAACGAACUGUAUAUAGUUUAUUGUAUAUUUCAUAUCAUCGGCUUAUUAGAUCAACCAUGUUAAUUAAAUCUAAUUUAGAUAAGUAUUAUAUUAAUUACUUUUUGUAAUACGACACUGAUUCUUAGCACAGUCGAAGGACUCGAAUCGGCGUUGUGAUUUAUUCCGAACAUUUUGCAGUAAACCUAUCUGGAACAGCCUAGGGUAACUCAGGCUGUUCCAGAUAGGAGGCUUUUUACUGUAUUGUGUUACACUUUCAUAAAAAACUUCUAGCUUGUGGCAUGCAGUGACGUAAUGAGCAAAUACUUGUCAAGUUUUCUUCCUUGAAAACCGUACACACGACAGCCAAGCAGCCAACACAAACUUCGGCACAGAUGAAGUAUAUACCAGAUGUGUAACUUAGUGGGACUUCAUGUCCUCAAAUUUCCCCGCCAUGACACUUGCUAGCAAAAUGACGUCCUGAAAAGCACGAACUUUUGCAUUUUAUUGCGGUUUUUUUGGAUCGAAAUUUAUGGAUUAAACAAUCAAAAGCAUAAUUUGUUGAAUGUUUAAAGUUGUUGAAAGCAAUUAAAGUUGCAGAAAAGGUGUUGAAAGCAUUUUUGAAAGCAAUGACGUGUUACCAAAUGAUUAAUAAUCGCCGCGCGACCGACACUUGCUAGGAAGAUGGAGAUCAUGGGCAACUUUUUUACUUCGGUGUGUCAAAAUAUCAAAUUAAUACAUAUGAAGCUGGCGCCAGGUUUUUUGCGUUCAAAGCAUUUCUGUAUAUUUACACACGAAAACAAAAACCUUUUCAACAAGGCUCCUUUUCAAAAAACCAUGUCAAUUUGUGGUGUACGGAUACAAAUGGACCUAGCUAUUCCCUAAUGAACAAAAUUUUGAUCUAGACAAGUCUAGACAAAAAAUUCACCACAGCUUGAAAACUGAGCAUCACAAAAUUAGUAAUAUUCCGAAAUUUCGUUGCGAAAUGUUGUAAAAUGCAUUUACAACAUUUCGCAACGAAACUUCGGAAUAUUACUAAUUUUGUGAUGCUCUUUCAAGCUGUGGUGAAAUUUUUGUCUAGACUUGUUGAGAUCAAAAUUUUGGUUAUUAGGCAAUAGGUCUAUUGGACGCUGAAUAAUUUAGUUUUAGCCCAAACCCAAAAAGGCAAGGUAGACCAAUGACUUCCAACAAAGUCCUGUUAAUUCUUCCUUAAAUUAUAGUGAUUUGCCAAGAUUCCUGGCGAGAUUGAAGCUCAACACUCCCCCAUGGUUGCGUGAAGCUUUGGCAGAAUUCAUGGGAACCUUUAUACUUUUGGUAAGCUAUUAUUAAUUUAAUCAACAACAUCAAUAGUUUCAAUACCAGCUUUGGUAUAUAAAUACAUACAGCUAAUUCAGAAAAGGUUGUCGUUUGCAAACCUUAAAUUCUAAACCUUAAACUCUAAGUGCGCAAACCUUAAUGGGAGCAUGAGUUUAAAGCUUAAUAGUCGAAUAUUGCAGCUUUUGUGAAUGAAUUGUUCUCAUAAGGAGAUAUUUACCAUGUCUCUACGAAAUGGGCCCCAUAUAUGAUUUCUAAACUGAUUAAAUGAUGCUCCCAUUGUGCUUUGCGCGCUUAGAGUUUAAGGUUUAAGAUUUAGAGUUUAAGGUUCGCAAACGAUAACCUUUUUUGAAUUAGCUGUAUACAGAAAAAACGCAAAUGACAUACAAAUGUAUAACUACAAAUAUAAAACAAAACUAAUCCUUGUUCAAAUUCUAAGAAUGUCGUAAACAGUAUAUCAUAUAUAUAAAUCAGUAAAGUCAUAUUUCUGCAUGACAUUAAAAAAUGUUGCGCAUUCCCAAUGUUUGCCGAUCAGAAUUUCCACUGCCAGCAUCCAAAUGACGCGGAUAAAUUGCAGUUGAAUCAUAACAGGAAGCUGAGAUUUGUGUCAUUUAAAGCCACAAAAUGAUCAAUGUACUACUACUAGCAUAUUUUGUCUUCUGUGUAAAGCAAAAUAAAGAAAGGUACACUUAAGGGAAUAUAUUUUCUAAUUUAAAGCGAACCAACCGUCCGGAAACUUUGCAUAUUCAAAUGAUGACUGACUGAUUGAACAUUGGAUAGUUCAACUGAAAGUUAUCGCGACGCAGAACGCAUCAUUUGGAUGCGCAGUGGCAAUCCGAAUUCACCAGUGAGCUCUAUAUAUAUAUCUGGAGCAAGAACUUCUGUCAUUCGGCCUAUGAUCGAGAUAAGUGAAGCCAAGAUGGCGGCCAAUAACGUCCAAUAAUUUUUUCCAGCUAAUCAUAAUAUUAGUCUUUAAAUCGAAGUGAAGAACGAAAUUUCGGCACUUUCUUUGCCAAUAUGGCGGAAAUUGAAAGAGCGAUUCGACGUCAGUUCCAGUCCCUUUGUAUUGUUUUUGUCUGCGCGGUUAACACGAAGCUGGGUUCACUUUUUGGACUUAAGUUCUCGCUCCAGAUAUAUAUGGAGCUCCGUGGAAUUGGCUCAUUGAUCAAUCAAUGACUAUACAAUUACUUUAUUGGUUUCCGUGUUUGGAUGGCCUGAUCAAACACUUCGGAAUGUUGCCCGAAGGCGAGUUGCGCGCUUUUCUUAACUCGAGCAACAUUCCCAAGUGUUUGGAUCAGGCCAUCCAAACACGGAAACCAUGAAGUAAUUGUUUUAUAAAAUAACAACUUUCCGUGUUAAAAUUUCACUUUCACUUUAAAUUUCCGUAUUUCGAUGGCCUGAUCCAAACACGGGUUUCGACCAAUCAGAGCACGCGUUAUAUACAUGUUAUUUUAUAAAAUUUAUCUUAAGGUGUAUGGGAAUGCCUCAGUGGCUCAGGCUGUUUUGAGUAAAGGUGAAAGGGGUACGUUUCUCUCCAUCAAUUUCUCGUGGGGUAUGGCAGUCACGAUGGGCGUUUACUGGGCUGGAUCAAUAUCAG